AUGCCAAGGGCUACUCAACCGUUCAAUUGUUUAAUUGCUUUUCAGGAAUUGUUUGAUGUGUUAUUGGACGAAAAUCAGCUGGAGGAUGCGUGCGAGCAUCUUGCUGAUUUUCUCGAAGCUUACUGGCGAGCGACACAUCCACCAGUGCGAAGUCCACCGAGAAUAAAGCGAAAUCCUAUGGAAAAUCGUGGUCCUACACAAAUUUUCACCGCUGCGCAAAUGAUGCAGGGAACAGGUAUGGGAGGAGCAAGUCCUAUGAUGGGCGGAGGAGGUCCAAUGGGAUUGCAAAAGCAACCAUCUACAGGACAACUCGGACCACCAAUGGGAGGGCCAGUUCCACAUGCACCAUACCUCACCCCACCUAUGCAACAGAUGCCUGGUCGACAACAACCGAUCCCGACCAUUAAUUUGCAGACUGGUGUCGGUAUGUACCAAGCACCUCCGCCCGGAAGCAGUUCCCCGAUGAUGCAGCCGGUGAAUAUGGCAUCGCGAGGCGGUGCGCCUGGACCGAUGGUGAUGGGCCAACAGCGAGGGCCACUUGGACCGAUGGGAGGCCCGUCCACACGAGUGGGCCCUCAUGCUGAUCGACACGGGUUCGACGACUACGACGACGUUGAUAUGAGCCGCGGCUACGAUCGUGGCUCCUAUCAUUAUUAG